CCUAGCUUUUGGUUGCCUGCCCAUGCUGUAAGAGCUGGCCUCCUGGUGCAGGACAUAAAACCGCUGUUUGCUUCCUUAACCAGGGCACAGGUCUGUAUCUGCUCAGGAAGAACCGUUUGUGCGGCAGCCAUGGCCACCUUUGUGAACCUCAGUACCAAAGCCAAGAUGCCCAUUGUGGGCCUGGGCACCUGGCAGUCUCACCCAGGCAAAGUCAAGGAAGCUGUAAAGGCGGCCAUUGAUGCUGGGUAUCGCCACAUUGACUGUGCCUAUCUGUAUGAGAACGAGAGUGAGGUGGGCGAAGGGAUCCGAGAGAAGCUCCAGGAGAAGGCUGUGAAGCGGGAAGACCUCUUCGUUGUCAGCAAGCUAUGGCCUACCUUCUUCGAGAAAAGCCUGGUGAAGAAAGCUUUUCAGAAAACCCUCACGGAUCUGAAGCUGGACUACCUGGACCUGUAUCUAGUUCACUGGCCACAGGGAUUCCAGCCUGGGAAGGAGUUUUUCCCCACAGAUGAAAAAGGUGAUAUUAUCACCAGUAAAUACACAUUCUUGGAUGCUUGGGAGGCCAUGGAGGAACUGGUGGACCAGGGGCUGGUUAAAGCCCUGGGCAUCUCCAACUUCAACCACUUACAGAUUGAGAGGCUCCUGAGCAAGCCCGGACUGAAACACAAGCCAGUGAACAACCAGGUCGAGUGCCACCCAUACCUCACUCAGGAAAAACUAAUUCAGUUCUGUCACUCCAAGGGUAUCAGUGUCACAGCCUACAGUCCCCUGGGCUCUCCAGAGAGACCUUGGGCCAAGCCAGAGGACCCUUCACUACUAGAGGAUCCCAAGAUUAAGGAGAUUGCUGCAAAGCACAAGAAAACCCCAGCCCAGGUUCUGAUCCGCUUUCACAUCCAGAGGAAUGUGGCCGUCAUCCCUAAGUCUGUGACACUCACCCACAUGCAGGAGAACAUUCAGGUGUUUGACUUCAAGUUGAGUAAUGAAGAGAUGGCUGCCAUACUCAGCUUCAACAGAAACUGGAGGGCCUGUUCCUUGCCAAUGACAGUUAAUGCGGAGGACUACCCUUUCCAUGUGAACUACUGAGGUGGCAUCGCCUGAUGGGAGCGGCUCACGGAGUCUUUCUUUGCUGAUGUGCAAAUAAUUCCUCUUGAGAUGGAUUUAAGCCAAGGCUGUUUGAUAUCGUAUCAUCAAGCAGUCAAAUCAAGGCAAUGCUGUAUUCAAAUCCUCGUUGUUCAACCAGGAGCAGAUUGUUUUGGAGAAACGUGACUCAAAGAAGCAAACAGUGUUCUCCUGCAUACAAUCGGAUGCUCUUGUCAAACAGCAGGAGCUAUGGUAACGCUGAAGGCACUAAGAAGAAAAAAAUAAAAGCAAUAAUAGUAACCAGCAUGUCCAACACACUGUGACAUGUUCUUUGAAAGAGCACACUCAUUGAGUCUGUUCACAUUUUACUUGGCCAAUAAUAGAGGCAUGGGGAGGCCAGCCACUUGCUCAUAGUCCCCCAGGUAAUAAGUGGCUAAGCCAAAAAUCACAGGCCAGUGCUCUCAGGGGGAGCUCAAGCUCUCUUCCUCCCAAGUCCUCUCCUGUUUCUCUCUUUUGUCCUCUCCCGGUGACUUUCUCAACUACUAUUGCCUUCCCAUAUUGCCCUUAAUGUGCCAGCAUGCCAAAGAGUCAGUGCUGGUGGUGACCAAGCUUAUGAAACCCACACAGAUGCCACUGUUCAUUGAGAGACUUUGUAGCAACCCUGGGAACACAGUGGAAAACAGAAGUAAGUCUGGACAUGAAAAUACCAUUGACUUAGUUAGGGUUUCUAUUGCUGUGAAGAGAUAGCAUGGCCACAACAACUCUUAUAAAGGAAAACAUUUAAUUGGGGCUGGCUUACAGUUUCAGGGGGUUAGUCCCUUAUCUUAAUGAGAGAAGCAUGGCAGUGCGCAGGCAGACGUGAUGUUGGAUAUGGAGUCAAGAUUUCUACAUCCAGUAGAAAGAGAGCCAAUACGCCUGGUUGAGCUUCUGAAACCUCAAAGUCUGCUCCUCCUCCAACAAGGGGACACACUUUCUCCGACAAAGCCAUACCUACUCCUACAAGGCCACAGUUCCUAAUGGUGCCACUCCCAUUGGGGCUAUGGGGAUCAUUUCUAUUCAAACCACUACACCACCAAUCUGGAA